AUGCCUGCGCCCAUCGAAAACGCAGUCUGCGGACCACAGAAGCCCGGUACCCCCAAGCCUCCUACAGGAACAAACUUGGCGGACUUGAAUCCAUGCCCUCUUAACGCAUGUUGCAACGUCUGGGGCCAGUGUGGUACAACAGCAGACUUUUGCACCAAAUCCUCCCUUGGACCUCCUGGGACUUCUGAGCCUGGCAAAAACGGAUGCAUCUCCAAUUGCGGGACCGAAAUCGUUAACAAUGGCCAAGGCCCUGCGCAGUUUAUAAAGAUCGGUUAUUUCGAGGCCUGGAACAAGAGGACACGGGCCUGUCUCAAUAUGGACGUCACGCAGAUCGAUCCGUCCUAUACUCACAUUCACUUUUCGUUUGGUGACGUUACUUCCCAGUUCACGGUGGCCAUUGAGGAUACCGAUCAGUUUAAUAAGUUUAUAAAGAUGAAAGGUCCCAAACGAGUCCUCGCUUUUGGAGGUUGGACUGCGUCUACAAGCCCUAGCUCCUAUUGGAUAUUCCGCGAAGGAGUCAAACCAGGCAAUAGAGAAACUCUAGCGACAAACCUUGCUAACUUUAUCCACUCCAAUAAUCUUGAUGGUCUCGACCUUGAUUGGGAGUAUCCGGGAGCGCCAGAUAUCCCUGGUAUUCCAGCGGCAGACCCAAUCGAUGGCGCUGGCUACCUCGAGCUUCUCAAGCUUCUCAGGGCCAGAUUACCCAAUAAAAGUCUUUCUAUCGCCGCCCCUGCUUCCUAUUGGUAUCUCAAGCAAUUCCCGAUCAAUGAGAUCGCCAAAGUAGUCGAUUACAUUGUUUAUAUGACAUAUGAUCUUCAUGGACAAUGGGACUACAACAAUCAGUGGUCCAAUCCCGGUUGCCCAAAGGGGAACUGCUUGCGUUCCCACGUAAAUUUCACCGAAACGAUUAAUGCGCUGUCAAUGGUCACCAAGGCUGGUGUACCAAGCUACAAGCUUAUCCUCGGUGUUACAAGCUAUGGUCGAGCGUUCAGAAUGACGGAUCCUGGGUGCACCGGGCCCAUGUGCACAUUCGUCGGACCGCAAUCUGCUGCCACCAAAGGAGAGUGUACCGACACGGCUGGUUACAUUGCCAAUGCCGAGAUUGACAAGAUCAUUGCCAAUGGCGGCAGGACUUACUACGACACGAACUCGCAAGCUGAUAUCCUGAUAUACGGUUCAGACUGGGUUGCCUAUAUGAGUGACAGGACCAAAGCCACACGCAUCGGCUUCUACAAAGGCCUCAAGUUUGGUGGCACGAGUGAUUGGGCAGUUGACCUUGCCAAGUUCAUGCCGGAACCAGGCGAGCAAAACCCCAUUGCACUGCCCAUUGAAGAAGACUGGAGAAAAAUCAAGUGCUCGCAUCCACUCGCACGUGACGAGGAGGCGUCGGAGAUCAAACGAUGGGAUGAGCUCAAAUGCAAGGAUGUUUGGGAUUCCGGGAUCUCCAGGUGGAAUGACAGAGGCUCUACGGCGGGAGGGUUGGGCUUUGUCGCUUUCUUGAGCAAUCACUGGGGGGGACCGCCUGAGAUGCAUUGCGGAGUCCCCACUUACGGAAGCGCAUGUGGAAAGACAGUUGAGUGUCUCGGCGCGGAUCUCACCCGAUCUCCUGGAGGUGCGCUUAUUCUCAGGGGCAUGCAAAACCUCCAUGAUGUGUACCUCAACUUCUAUACAGGCGUAGUUGAUGCUGGGAAUACUGUGUCCAUGACGCUUUCGGAUUUUUCCGAAACCUUUGCUCCUCCAGAGGAGGAAGAUGAUUCUUUAGACUGGCUUUUCGCCUUUCUGGGUGCAGGCCUCGGGAUGGCCGGUGGGCCAGUUUUCGAGAAAGUUUUUACAACGACAAAGUUCUUCUCCAAUCCCAACACGCAACAAUCGCUACAAGAAGUAGUGAUGACAGGGGUUGACAUGGGUCUGGAAAAAGCAUCAGAUGCAAUAAAGAAAGGGAGCGUUCUUAAACCCAUGGAUAGGGAGAUUGCUAAUCAGCUCUCCGCCAUGGUCAUGAACUGGAAGGAACUUACCAAUUCCACAAUGGGCGAGUUCUUCGCUGGAGACGAGAAAGGCAUCACUGCCCUGUUCAAGAUGAUCAACCAGAACAAGAUGCUCAACGCCAUGCCACAAUCGGUAUUGGACAUGGAACAAACCACGCUCAGAGCCCUCUAUGCCUCUCUCAUUCCAUAUUCUUGGAAACUCCGCGACUCCCAUGCGGUCUUAGUCGACACCGGUUUCAACUGCGAUGACGUUGGUAGUGGCGACUACAAGUAUAUGUAUCCUGAUAACGAUAAGGCAGCUGCAUGCGUCGACGGGAAGAAAUAUUUCCUACUCAACCCUAAGGGUGAUGCCACGACUUGCAGGGACAUGGGAAACUGGGCAGUCAGAUGCGAGGAACAUGCUAUGACCGCUCUUCCCGGAUUCGACUCACUUGGCGAGAAGGAUAAACAUACGGGAAGGGUCAAAUGGGGUGGCAUCACACGGGAAGACAUUGCACGCAGCAUCCUUACUCGCUUUGACCUCAAAGGGAACAAAGAUCUUGACAAGCCCAUAGACUUGGGGAAUGAAGGCGGCAGAUCCCAAUUUUGGGAACAAGUCGGCAACGGCGGUGAUAUUGUGCGCGUACCUGGAGUAGUGCAAAUCCCGAAAUGUGGUCCUGAGGAGAUCUUGGACAACUGGAAAAGGAAAACAGUGGGCCAGAAGCUGAACCACAUUGAGUACCCGUGUAAUAAGUCGUAAUUCUGUUGGUAUUUGUAGUAGUAGUCGAAUAUUUC